GUGAAGUAAGUGAAGUUUUGCACAAAGUUAAAAACACGAACCACAAACUAACUUGCAAAAUGUUGAAUAUUUGUCGAUAAUGAGUGCUUCUUGUGUAUUUUAUUCGAAACCAAACGUGUCGUUCAAUUAGCAACGUUGCAUUGAUCGUAUUUGUGCGUGGAAAAAUAAUCAAAAUAUCGAUAGAAAAAUCCUUGUUGUGUGUUCAGUGGUAGUGUCUGCUUUUGUUGAUCGCUCGAAGAAAGAAUGUUGUUUUUUUGAAUGCCUCCGCUGAUCGAGACUGAUCCUCAGCCUCCCGGGCAAACAGCUAAUAUGUCAACGGGUGAUAAUAUAGAUAUGCCACUAUGGACGGCGUUGUACGACUAUCAUGCUCAAGGCGAAGACGAAUUGUCGCUGAAAUGCGGAAUUGUUGUUUAUGUCUUGAGCAAAGACAGCAACAUAUCUGGCGAUGAAGGCUGGUGGACGGGUAAAAUUGGUGAUAAAGUGGGAAUAUUUCCAUCGAAUUUCGUCACCGAACACGAUCCGAUGCUGUUAAACGUUCCAUCGGACAUAAUUGGAGACAUUCAACCGGUUGAAAUAGAUUACAAUGAGCUCGAACUGAAGGAGGUGAUUGGUGUCGGUGGAUUCGGAAAAGUGCAUCGCGCAUAUUGGAAUGACGAAGAAGUGGCAGUCAAAGCAGCUAGACAGAGCCCAGAUGAAGACAUUGAAAUAACGCGAGAGAAUGUGUUACAAGAAGCCAAACUAUUCUGGUCGUUGAAACACGAGAAUAUUGUGUCGCUGCAAGGUGUCUGUCUAAAAUCACCGAAUCUGUGCUUGGUCAUGGAAUUUGCCCGAGGCGGUCCGUUGAAUCGUGUCUUAGCUGGCAGAAAAAUUCCGCCGGAUGUGUUAGUUGAUUGGGCGAUGCAAAUUGGUCGGGGUAUGAACUACUUACACAAUGGAGCGCCAAUUUCAAUUAUUCACAGAGAUUUGAAGAGUUCAAAUGUUCUCAUUAAUGAAGCAAUUGAAGACGACAAUUUAAAAAACAAAACUUUAAAAAUCACCGACUUUGGAUUAGCUAGAGAAGUAUAUAAAACGACACGAAUGUCUGCAGCGGGUACAUAUGCUUGGAUGCCACCAGAAGUCAUAAAAUGUGGAACUUAUUCGAAAGCUUCAGACGUCUGGAGCUACGGGGUCCUUUCAUGGGAACUUCUCACCGGAGAAACCCCAUACAAAGGAUUUGAUUCGUUAUCAGUAGCAUAUGGUGUUGCUGUCAAUACAUUAACCUUGCCUAUACCAAAAACAUGUCCGGAAGGAUGGGGAAAACUUAUGAAAAGUUGUUGGGCUAGUGAUCCACACAAUAGGCCUUCGUUUAAGGAUAUUCAACGUGAAUUAGAUGCAAUAGCUCGAUCUGGAUUUACACAAACGCCAAACGAAUCAUUUCACACGAUGCAAGAUGGAUGGAAAAAGGAAAUCGCUGAAGUAUUACAUGAGCUGCGCAUUAAAGAAAAGGCUUUUAAAACGUUCGAAGAGCAAUUGCGCAGCCAAGAAGAAGAUCUCAAGAAGAAACAGCUGCAGCAACGACAACACGAAGAAAAUUUACAAAAACGAGAACAAGAAUUAGACGCUCGAGAAAUCGAACUAUUAGGACGCGAACUUAAUAUUAUGAUAACACAGAGUGCACCGACGCCGAAAAAGCGUCUGGGGAAAUUUAGCAAAAGUAGACUGAAGUCAUUGAAACGCGAACCGGGACAAAUUUCUUUUCCAUUAGACUUUAGGCAUACGAUUACCGUGAAGCGUGGUGUAAAAGACGAUACACGAUUGAGAACCGAUACUCCGCCUGGAUCGCCAGCAUAUUUUCCUAGAUUGAGGGCAAUUGCGCUCCCAUCCGAUGGCAUCAAAGGCAAAACAUGGGGACCAUCAACGUUACAUCAACGUGUGCGCGAAAGAGGUCAUUUGCCUGCAUUACGCCCUACCGCACGAUCACCGCAAUUUAGCAAAAGUGCUCCAAAUCUGGACAAGUCCCGCAUAGCCAGCAAUUCAACAUCAGCAUCUCAUAGCGAAAUCAUAGAUUAUGGCCAAAGCGAAUGGUGCGGAGGAAGUUCAGAGGAUUCGACUACCAAUUCAACAACAUUAAAUCGUUUAGUGCCAAAUAUUCCAAUGCCAACGCUGUACUCAAGCGAAAGCAAUCGAAAACCGAAAAUUUCGAUGACCGAUUUAGUUCUGUAUAAUAUGGCGUCGAUGUUAGCUUGUGUGGCGACCGGAUAUGACGUUCGAAUGUCAAAUGUAUCGCCAGUGCAUCCACACCUUCAACCGCCAGUAGUAAAUGACGAUUUCAGUGUGUCCAGUUCUGCGGAAAAUGAACUGUCGGCACAGGAACGAGGUUACGGACAUAACACUUAUCAUGGUCCCGCAAAGCAUACAAGGGCCGCAGUAGCGUCUAUGUCUGCUCCUGAUGACAAACCUAUCCGAUUUACCGAUUCCCCUCAACACUAUUUACCGUCGACGAUGUCCACAACGAGUGGACUCGGAUCAAUUUAUACGACGAACACAUCGUCAAUCGGUCAGCCACCAACACCAUCACCGCGUCGAAAAACUAGCGCGUCAUCGUUUAGUGAAGUGCCGGAACUUCACUACGACCAAAAUAAUCGCACACCAAUUUACGUCCCUGGCAAUUAUGUUGAAUACAGGCCGAGUCAUGGCGUUGAAGAUGUUGCACCGAAUAACGGCGGAUAUUUUGGCUCCAAUUACUUCCCUUAUCGACCUGAAGUGAAUUUGGCGUUCGAACGAGAUUAUCGAUCAUACCCUGAAUACUCAUACGAAGGCGCUAACUACCAUAAGUAUGCAUUUAAUUCACCGCGCAUCCCGCGAAUGCCAUCAAAAAUUCCAAUGGGCGUCAAUGCAUCUAAUCAUCGUCGAACGCUAUCGAACAUUUCCUCAACUUCAAGCAAUAUAAAUCCCGGGUUCCGUUUGGACAGUGACGAUGUGCCGGACACAUACCAAUUUAAUAAUCUAAAUUUAAACAACGCAACUUCGAAUCGAAUGCAUGUGUACGAAAACAUUCCAUACCACCAACCGAUUGCUAAGAACCAGCAUGCCACAAAUGACAUCACAUCAAACAUUCAAGAAAGGCCGAUGACACUGGCCUUCGAACCGGGUCAUCAAACCAAAUUUCGGUCCAGCUUGAAAAAGCACACCGUGUCUCGAACGGCCAGCUCCGGAACGCCAACCACAAAUCCCACACCGCCAGACAGUUUGACCAGUGACGACAGUUCGUAUUUGAGUGCACGUGACUCGUCAAUAUCGUCACAGAGUCGUGUACGAUUCAGUCCCGAAGCACUGUUGGACGCACCCAUCCAUGGACAAGGUCUCGAUCCGACCGUACCACUGCAAGCGACGAAAAGAAUGUCACGACGUAUGACACACAGCAGUGGCGGAGAAACAUCCUCCUAGCAUUACACGAAGUUGUAUUGGCAAGGCCGUCGGGCUAGAUCAGCACAACAUUACAAAUAUUGAGAGGGCACUUCCUCUUCGGUUGUAUUUAAGCAUGACUGGGGUUUUUGCCAAGUCUCCUGAACAAUAUCGUACAUUUAAGAUCGGGAGGGCGCGGCUUUGAUUGUAAGAGAAUUGUAAGAAUGAACGGACCGAUUUUGAUGAAAUUUUUCUUGUUAAGCAAUUGAUCUGAAUAGUUAGCACUCCUUGUCUAGCAUAUUUAGAUCUGAGGAAAUCUUCCUAUAUCUUUCUCCAACCCCCAUAACAUAAUACUGUGAGGAUGGAUAGAUGAUUAUUACCUAUAAUUAUGAUCCCAAAAACACUAGUCAGAGUCAUCAAUAGAGGAGUAAUCGACUUUCCAAGAUGUUCAUAUUCAAUGUCAAUUGAUUAUCAUACGUGUUGCUAUAAGACGGUAUUUU